AUGACCAACAUCUGCUUCAGUGAGAGGCACGCCAUUGUGGGUGUGGCCUUCACCUGGAUCAUGGCUCUCACCUGCGCUGUGCCUCCAUUGUGUGGCUGGUCCAGGUAGGUCACCCUCCAAAUACUAGUCUUACUUUAAGAAAUGGGCUGAUGGCUGGUAGAUCUCAGGGGCAAUACUUCAGUAUAAUACAUAUAAGAUUUUAAAACAAAAAUAUGAGGUGUGUACGGUUGCGUGUGUGUGUGUGUAUAGGUACAUCCCAGAGGAUAUGCAGUGUUCCUGUGGAAUUGACUACUAUACCCCAAAGCCUGAGCUCGGCAACACCUUGUUCGUCAUCUACAUGUUCACCCUCCACUUCUCCAUCCCUCUGGUCAUCGGCUUCUGCUACGGCCGUCUGCUCUGUACCGUCCACACGGUACGACCACACACACUGUCACUGAAGACCAGUAUACACAGGACUACUACAUCUCCAGUUAGGGCUCAUGUCAAAACACUUUUGUGUGUGUGUCCAUCCAUUCAGAUGGCAGCCCUGCAGCAGGAGUCAGAGACCACUCAGAGGGCAGAGAAGGAAGUGACCCGUAUGGUGAUCGCCAUGGUCAUCACGUUCCUGAUAUGCUGGCCCUGUCAUAAUGACCAUCCCAGCCUUCUUUGUCAAGAGUGCUGCCCUCUACAACCCAGUCAUCUAUAUUCUACUCAACAGACGGGUAACCCAGGCAGAGUGUGUGUGUGACGGUAUUUAGCUUUGCGUGUAAGUGAUAUUGUGUGUGUCUGUCUCUCCUCCCUUCUCCAGUUCAGGAACUGCAUGUUGACCACGGUGUGUUGCAGGAAGAACCCCUUCGGUGAAGAGGAGACCUCCACCGCCUCCUCCAAAACACAGGCCUCUUCUAUCUCCGCCAGCCAGGUCGACUCUGCCUGACCUACGACCCGUAGAAGUAGCAGUUUCGUUGUUUUUAUUUAGGCGAUGAGGGUGUAACUGCGUUGUAUCUGUCAAAUCAGCAAGCGAUUCCCGACGGCAUACUUAUUGCGGACAUUGCCAUUGGAUGCGCCAAGUCACAUUAGUAAUGAUCCCAUGCAGCCUUCUUACAAGUUUGAACACUGGAAUGUGUGUUGUUAUCUACACCUCGAUUAUGUCGAAAUUAAUCCUUAUUAUUUUGUUUAAUGAUUUAAUUUUAGUGUUAUUAUUUCUAUAUAGCCUACACUUUCUCUUUCUGAACUUCUAAUGUGAGUGGGACGGGUGUGGCGUCGUGACAAUGACCAGACGAGCAGCCGCUCUGAUUUGACAGCUCUAAAUCAGUUACAUCUCCGACACCGCCAAAACACCAGUUAUGCGGGUGUCAGCUAUCGCUGGUUACCGCUCAAGCUGAUUGAAUCUAGGCCUUAGUCAUGUAGUGAAACCCUCUAAAACCACCUUUUAAAUUGGUUUAGAUUGUGCCUUCCAUUAUUGUUGAGGAAAGCUCUCCCUGGUUUCUGUGUCUUUACCAUGAUGAGGCUGAGCUGGUUAGCUCUUAACCCUUGGCUCGUGUGUGUGUCUGUGUCUGUGUCUGUGUGUGAAGCUCUGGAGACAUGACUAUUGUUAAUACUGUAAAGGUUAAGAUGGUACAUGUGACUUGGAAAUAAAGUUGUUAAAUAUCCUGUAAUAGAAAUGACCUGUUUCUUUCAUAUAGGAGCAUUUCCAGUACUAGUGUUUCUGAAAAAGUCCAGACGGCCAUUGGGUUGUUGGGUGGAAUGCACAACCAGUCAAGAUAGUACUAACAAAACACUCCAUUGCUGCCCAGUGGUUUACAAAAGUCACUUUGCUGAAACGUUCUAAGUUUGCAUAGGACUUACUAGGUAUUGAUGAAAACAGAAAUUUGAAUAUUGGUACGAAAGAAAAAUGUCAUAACAUUUUAUAUCGUAUUAUAGUUCUGUAAUAGCAUUUAUUUUCAAACUCUGACAAUAGUCAUUUUGGCAUCACAAGUACAGUCACGUCAGACAGUUGUCCCUCUUUUAUUAACUGAAGGUCAUAGUUUUACUAUAAAGGUCCCUCUUGGUCAUAAUCUACCUUCAUUCUCAGUCACAACACAGAUCAACCUGCCUUCACAUAAAGACAUCACAUGUAAUUCUUCCCAUUGAACUACACGACAUCUGAUCCAACAGAGUUCAGUGUCUUUGCGAGCAGGUCUGUGGCACAUGAAACAUUACCUAAAUAAAUCCUCUCAAUAAUACUCUCUACUCCUCCAGAACCCAUCACCAACCUGCAAAGCACAUUGAGACGUGUAGUUCAAAGCACCGUUGGAGUUCUUUGCCAUUUCCACCAAUCAAACCUGAGAACCGUGCAGGUUGUAAGAAGAUGGGAAGAGUUUCUCAUUCACAUAUCGUUGAACAGGCCACUCAGAAAACAGAACAGAUCUAUAAAUAUUGCUAUGGACAUUUAUAAUACAGUACAGUGCAUCAUUGGCUCAUCCCCCAACAGAAGGGGGGGUCAGUGCAUAAGAUGGCCGCCAGGGCUCCAGGUCCCAGAGGCUGUGACAUCAUCCAGAAUAAGGCCCAUCUCCCAGUGCCUCCCUCUCUAACUCCACUAUGCUUCAGGUAAAAGCAGUGUGAACCCAGAGUGAGAUCCAAGCCAGGUGUGAACAGGCAAGAUACCAGAUUAGGUUGAUAUCCAAGUGUGAGUGGAAGAGUCAACACAGACACCCUUACCCAGACAAAGACAGAAUCCAGAGAUUCUGCAUUUGAUAUAAAGGACGUGGGUUUCAAUUCAGUAUCUCAAGCAAUCGCUCAGUCCAAGGUACGUUUCUUAGGUUAAUCCAUGGUACAGUGCUCUCAAUCAGGUUUCUGAGGCAGUCUUGGGUUGAGGUGUUAAAGUAAAGCUCAAGCUGCCAUCUCUUCAGUCUUAAAGCAAAAUAUUUCUCAAAGCAAAUAGUUCCUUUCUGUCUUUGGGCUCUAUAAACUCUAUAGACAGAAGGGAUAUUUGGAGGGUAGACAGACAGGGGGUUUCCUAGAUCCUGUACCCCAGGUAGGGCGGAGGCAGCCUGGGGGUAUGGGGUGGAGGCUGGGUGGAGAGAGACUCAGGCCUCACUGCUGCACUCAUAGAUGUUGUCCUCCACCAGAGCAAUGACCUGCUCAAACUUGUGGUGCAGUUGAGUACGCUUCGCUGUGGGGUUGGACUCCAGAGCACUCACCACCUGAGAGAGAGAGAGAGCAUUCAGGCAAUAACCAAGCCAGCAACCUUAAAAAAACGUAUCUACCAACAGUUAGAGAAUGAGAGCUGGAGAGAGAGAUAGAGAAAGAAAUAGAAAGAGAGAAAGACUACUUUCAGUAGCCCUCAAGCGUUCUACAGCAUAGCACAGAAACUCAACCACCUGCCAGGACAGAGAAAGAGAGUACUUCAGCAGUUCUUCAGCCUUCACGCAUGCCUCUCCCCCCACAAAAGCCUUUCCUGUUCACAAACUAUUUACAAAACCAACAUCUGCGCUGCCUUUCAUGCCUGAUAGUUGUCAUGCGUUCAGUGGGUGUUACUGGCAGCGUGUGCCCUGCGAGACGGCUGAGUGAGAGAAUGUGUAAUCAGGGGUGAUUCAUAGAGAGUACCAGGGAAACCUCUGAACCCCUAGUGUCUGCUGGUCCAGUAAGAUGGCAGUGAACAGCUAAACACUGUUAUGAUGAGGGCCCUCCAUUAACACACACAAUCAGUGUCUCAACAACUCCACGGAACAGUGUGUGUGUGUAUGUAUGGGGGCUGUCAUUUAACCGAUAGGGGUGGUUGAUGAUGAGGUAAAGGUUGUGGUGGCAGAGAGUUGAGAAGAGGAUGCCACAAGCCCUGUGCUGUUGGCUAUGUAUUUGGUUGAGGAGGUUUAAGAGCAUUUUCCACGACAAUAGUUUGGGUGUUUAUUUGGUGUGGGUAUAGAGGGAUAUUUUGGGUUUUGGGUGGUUCUUUAGUGAGUAGGGGAGGGCUGAGUGGGUGCUCUAGAAGAGAAGGAGAGAGAGAGAGAGAGAGAGAGAGAGAGCGGAGAGGAGGAGAGAGAGAGAGAGAGAGAGAGAGAGGAGAGAGAGAGAUAGAGACGCAGAUAGCAGUAGCGAGAGAGAGAGAGAGCGAGCAGUCGAAAGACGAGGAUAAGAGAGCGAGAGAGCAUCGAGUAGAUCGAGCGUCGGCCUCUCCAGUAUCUCUCUUAGCUCUCUCUCUCUCUCUCUCUAUCUCUCUCGCUUUCUCUCUCGUAUCUGUCUCUCUCUCAGCUCUCUAUCUCUCUUCUCCUCUAUAUGCUUCUCGCUAUAUCUAUCUCUGAGAUAGGGCCAGUUUAAAGAAGUGUCAAACAGCUCAUCCGUGGGCGCGAUAGGGGAUCUUACCUGGGUCCUGUAUUUCUUGGCGUAUUUGUAGAUCUCCGUCAAGGCCAGGUUGGUGUUGAACUCAUUUCUGUAUUUCUGUGAAACGGAAAACAGUGUGAGCGUUUCGUUACAAUAUAAAUCUGUCAAACUUCAUGAAAAAGCAAUAGACAGAUAUAUAGAUUCAGUGGUGUAGCAUGGUUAAAUGCAGAGACAGUCCACCACCAAGGCUAACACAUUACAUCUAUCAAUCAAUUAAUUCAUCAUUUUAUUGAUCUGCCACCCCUCUCUCACCCAUGACUCCUCGGCCAAGUGGGCGUUCAUCUCCUGCUCACUCAAGGGCGCCAUCUCAUGGAUCUGUUUGUAGUAGCACUGUACCCUCUUCUUGUACUCUGGGAUCUCCUUGGCAUACAGCAGCUUGUUGGUGGGAGAGUCCUGAAACCAGAGAAGAAGUCCUCUUUAGUCAAAGUAACCUCCAUUGAACUGGUUCCUUUAGUGCUCAACCAAACCACAUUUACCACUCUCCUGACCACACCUGUGUAUGGUCAGUGAAUAGUUUAUAAGCACUACCUGUGUAUGGCUGUCAGAUUGUUUUCAGUAUGACUGUGCGAAGUCCAGUCCAAGGGGCCAGGGUUCCAGUCUAGAAGCACGCUUUCGACUGCACCUACAGACUUGCUUCGGUACUGCAGUUUAACUGAUGUCCGGCCCAGAAAGACAAUUUAUUCCCAUAGAGGGCCUCAUAGAGAAGUGAGAUUUCAAAAUUCCUAAUAAGACCAUUUAGUCAUCACCUUUGAGUACAAAACAUCCAGCCGAAGCUAUUACAAUUAUAUAUUCAUCCAAUGUCUGUCAUGUUUUGGGAUUUCGUCGCUGCUCGUGCUGCUCCCUGUGCACACUGAGUGCUAGUGCAUUUGUCAGUUGGGCAGAGUAAACCGGAUGCAACCCGGAUAUAGACGGUCUAUGAAUCUGUGUAUGCGAACGUGAGUAGAAUACAUUGAAAACAACGGUCGACCAUCUUAGACGCUGUCUAGUUCUUUUAUAGCUCAGUGGUCCAGUCUAGCACCAGUGUAUGGUGAGGGUGGUCGAUGGUCAUUGAGUUGUUAACAUGACUGUGGGCAGCAUGUUCUGUGGUAAUAGUGUGGUUGGUCUAUGGAAGCUUCUCUAAUGUCAAACAUGUAAAGUGUGGUGUACCGCAUGGCAGCUCUCUAGGCCCUCUACUCUUUUCUAUUUUUAUCAAUGACCUGCCACUGGCAUUAAACAAAGCAUGUGUGUCCAUGUAUGCUGAUGAUUCAACCAUAUAUGCAUCAGCAACCACAGCUAAUGAAGUCACUGAAACCUUUAAAAAAAGAGUUGCAGUCUGUUUUAAUAAACUGGUCCUGAACAUCUCUAAAACUAAGAGCAUUGUAUUUGGUACAAAACAUUCCCUAAGUUAUACACCUCAGCUGAAUCUGGUAAUGAAUGGUGUGGCUGUUGAAAAAGUUGAGGAGACUAAAUUACUUGGUGUUACCUUAGAUUGUAAACAGUCAUGGUCAAAAAUAUAGAUUCAAUGGUUGUAAAGAUGGGAAGAGGUCUGUCCGUAAUAAAGAAAUACUCUGCCUUUUUGACACCACACUCCAAAAAGCAAGUCCUGCAGGGGUCUUUUCACAGUCCACAAAUACAAGAAAGCAUACAGUAUUAUAUAGAGGCAAUAUUGCAUGGAAAAAAACUAUAAAGCAACACCUCACGGCACAACGCCUCUCCCCUAUUUGACCUAGAUAAUUUGUGUGUAUCUAUUGAUAUAUUGGCUACGUGUGCCUUUUUAUAAUUGAUGUAGUUCAAGCCUUGAGCUAUUCUUGUCUAUUAAUGUUCUGUAUUAUGUCAUGUUUCAUGUUUUGUGUGGACCCCAGGAAGAGUAGCUGCUGCUUUUGCAACAGCUAAUGGGGAUCCUAAUAAAAUACCUAAAAAUCUACAGUUGGUGUAUGGUCCAUGGUCACAGCGAGUGGUUGGUGUUAUCAGCGUGUGGUAGGUCAGCACCUCCCUGUGCUGAGACAAUGAAAGAGGGCCCAGUGUUUCCUCUCCUCACAAUAGGAAAGUUAAACAACCAGGCCAGACAUAACAAACCAUAUCCACAGAAAACCAGGCCAGACAAUUUUGUAAAUUUAUUUUACCCUUAUUUUACCAAGUAAGUUGACUGAGAACACAUUCUCAUUUACAGCAAAGACCUGGGGAAUACUUACAAGGGAGAGGAGGCAAUGAAUGAGCCAAUUGGAAGACAUAACAAACCAUGUCCUCAGCCACAGAGAACCAGGCCAGACAUAACAAACCAUGUCCUCAGCCACAGAGAACCAGGCCAGACAUAACAAACCAUGUCCACAGCCAUAGAGAACCAGGCCAGACAUAACAAUCCAUAUCCACAGCCACAGAGAACCAGGCCAGACAUAACAAUCCAUCAUUUUACUUACAUCUGCUACUGACAGCAUUUACAAUGGUACUGAAAGCAUUAUUCAAUCACUAAGAAAGGUUCACUUGUAAGGUAUUAGGUUGAGCAUUCAGACAUCUAUGCAUUUGCGAGUGUGUGUGUGUGUGUGUGUGUGUGUGUGUGUGUGUGUGUGUGUGUGUGUGUGUGUGGUAUCGCGCCUAGGAAGCCACUGUCCCUCCUCCUGAUAGGGAUCCCUCUCUUCCUGUCCGCAAGGUCAUUUCCUGUGGUUCCUCCAUCUGCCUGGUGACCCCCUGUGACCCCUAACCCCCCCCCCCCCCCGCCACCAGAUAAGGUUUCUGUGGAAAAAGCUCAGUUUACGAGCCUUCUCUCAACCAUGCAGAGCAACGGCUAAUCCAGAUCCCUUACUGACCUGUCCUGUCCCCUGACCAACACACACACACACAAUGGUUAAUCCAGUCCUUUGCUGCCCUGCUCUUCCUAUGCUGACCACUCAAGUAGAGAAAAAAGUUUAGCAACACCUUAACACCUGUCUCCACUCAGACAGUCUAAUACCUUUCUGUCCUAUCUAAAGAACAGAAAACAUAUAUACACAGACAGCACAGCUGAGGACACCAGGUCUUCCCAAUAACAGGAUGAGCAUCUGGAUGUUUUACAGUGCCAUGGUGUGUGUGUUUCUGUAUAUUACAUGUUUGAGGUGUGUGCAAUAGCUUUCUGGCAAUGAACAAGUGGAAUAAAUCAGAAUGCUUUGGUUUCAUCUGAAAGAGCAGCAUUAUUUGAAAGUAUCUCUGGAGAGGACGUCAGUCAAAGAGACAGGAAGCAGAGUGUAUGCUAGGGGUCACAGCUUCUGAAGGAUGAGACUGUUUGUGGGGAGUGAGGACACUGAAACACACACACACACACUUUGAAGAGUGAAUUCCUGGUGCCCAUGACCUUGGCUGAGCAGACUGGGCUGAAAUAUCAUGAAGAGAGGUAGACAGACUGACUGGAGAGAGGAGGGGAAGGGGGUUGGCAGGGACUGGUGAGGAAUGCGGAGAUAGGUGAUGACAGUGAGGGUCAUUUUGGGAAAGUGUGUGUGUGUGUGUGUGUGUGUGUGCGUGUACGUGUGUGUUUAAGUGUAGGUGUAAAUUCUGUAUACUGUAUGUUUGGUUUGCUGAAACAGCCACUAUUCUAUCUGGGGUCCACACAAAAACUUGACAAGUAACAAAACACGGAUACACUGACAAACAAGAACAGUCACACAAAUUUUUUAUACAACGAUAUAUGAACAAUACAACUAAAGAAUAAUGUGUGUGUAGAUUGUGUGUGUUAGAGUGUGACAGAGUGUGAUAGAGUGUGUUAGAGUGUGUCUGCAAGUGUGUCAUUUCACAGUUCCUAUUGUGAAAUUACACAAUAGGUAAUUUUGCUGUUUGCUUGAGUAGUUGGAGAUGGAAGGGAGUUCCAUGCGAUCAUGGCUCUGUUUAAUACUGUGCGUUACCAUGAAUUAGUUUUGGACUUGGAAAAACGCAUGUCAAAAAUGUUAUGAAUUGAUUUGCAUUCUAAUAAGGUAAAUAAAUACUUGACCCCUCUGCAAAACAUGACUUAGUACUUGGUGGCAAAACCCUUGUUGGCAAUCAGAGGUCAGACGUUUCUUGUAGUUGGCCACCAGGUUUGCACACAUCUCAGGAGGGAUUUUGUACCACUCCUCUUUGCAGAUCUUCUCCAAGUCAUUAAGGUUUCAAGGCUGACGUUUGGCAACUCAAACCUUCAGCUCCCUCCACAGAUUUUCUAUGGGAUUAAGGUCUGGAGACUGGCUAGGCCACUUCAGGACCUUAAUGUGCUUCUUCUUGAGCCACUCCUUUGUUGCCUUGGCCGUGUGUUUUGCGUCAUUGUCAUGCUGGAAUACCCAUCCACGACCCAUUUUCAAUGCCCUGGCUGAGGGAAGGAGGUUCUCACCCAAGAUUUGACGGUACAUGGCCCCGUCCAUCGUCCCUUUGAUGCGGUGAAGUUGUCCUGUCCCCUUAGCAGAAAAACAUCCCCAAAGCAUAAUGUUUCCACCUCCAUGUUUGAUGGUGGGGAUGGUGUUCUUGGGGUCAUAGGCAGCAUUCCUCCUCCUCCAAACACGGCGAGUUGAGUUGAUGCCAAAGAGCUAAAUUUUGGUCUCAUCUGACCACAACACUUUCACCCAGUUCUCCUCUGAAUCAUUCAGAUGUUCAUUGGCAAACUUCAGACGGGCCUGUAUAUGUGCUUUCUUGAGCAGGGGGACCUUGCGGGCGCUGCAGAAUUUCAGUCCUUCACAGCGUAGUGUGUUACCAAUUGUUUUCUUGGUGACUAUGGUCCCAGCUGCCUUGAGAUCAUUGACAAGAUCCUCCUGUGUAGUUCUGGGCUGAUUCCUCACCGUUCUCAUGAUCAUUGCAACUCCACGAGGUGAGAUCUUGCAUGGAGCCCCAGGCCGAGGGAGAUUGACAGUUCUUUUGUGUUUCUUCCAUUUGCGAAUAAUCGCACCAACUGUUGUCACCUUCUCACCAAGCUGCUUGGCGAUGGUCUUGUAGCCCAUUCCAGCCUUGUGUAGGUCUACAAUCUUGUCCCUGACAUCCUUGGAGAGCUCUUUGGUCUUGGCCAUGGUGGAGAGUUUGGAAUCUGAUUGAUUGAUUGCUUCUGUGGACAGGUGUCUUUUAUACAGGUAACAAACUGAGAUUAGGAGCACUCCCUUUAAGAGUGUGCUCCUAAUCUCAGCUCGUUACCUGUAUAAAAGACACCUGAGAGCCAGAAAUCUUUCUGAUUGAGAGGGGGUCAAAUACUUAUUUCCCUCAUUAAAAUGCAAAUAAAUUUAUAACAUUUUUGACAUGCGUUUUUCUGGAUUUUUUUGUUGUUAUUCUGUCUCUCACUGUUCAAAUAAACCUACCAUUACAAUUAUAGACUGAUCAUUUCUUUGUCAGUGGGCAAACGUACAAAAUCAGCAGGGGAUCAAAUACUUUUUUCCCUCACUGUGUAAUGUGUGUGUGUCUCACCUUGCCCAGCUGCAGGUCUGAAACAGAGCAGGCGUCUAUGAAGGCCUGGGCGAUGACAGACAGACAGGCGUCCAUGUGGUCCGUCUUUUCAAUGUCAAACACAAACUGAGGGUUCUUCAGGAUGUUCACCCAGAAACGCAGAGGUAAACUAAAGAGACGAGACAACAUUAUGUAAGCUUCAGGAACAUCUUGCAUUAUGGAUACUGUACUGCAUCAUGCUACAUUGAUGAGUAGAUGAUUAGAUGUAUCUAGUUCCCCUAGCUACCAGUUCGUCUUCCAGAUGUGCAGGGUGUCGGGGUCGGUGAUGCCCCUCUUGUCCGCCUGCUCCUCCAGGAAGUCAAAGAAGUAUUUGAUGGCCAGUGGCGGACGCUCUGCAGGAAUACUGAGGAUGGCCUGGAACAGGUCGUCUAG